ACUGUCAGGUGACAUCUGUCAAAGAAGUCGAACGAUCCGGUUGUGUGUUUACAAUUUUAUCCCACGUGAAGUAAAAACGGAUUAAUGUUUAAUUUCCUGAAUAAACUAAAUUAGAAAUGGCUGACGACAGCGCUUUUGAUAAAAAGAAAUCUCACCGCGCCAAACAUGCGGGCCGGAAAGCUGAGAAGAAGAAGAAAAAGGAAAAAGUCGAUCAAUCUAACCUAAGUGCUCGCCAGAGGAAUCCGAAAGCUUUUGCUAUCCAGUCGGCCGUGCGCGCUGAGAGACAGUUCAGGAGACGGGAGGAUGUUAUUGCGAAGAAGCAGCACAUCCCUCAAGUGGACAAGACGCCGCUGGAGCCUCCGCCGAUCGUGGUAGCCAUCGUGGGGCCCCCGCGCGUCGGGAAGACCACGCUCAUCAACAACCUCAUCAAGAGCUUCAUCAAGACCAACGUGACCAGCACCAACGGACCCAUCACCAUCGUCACUUCCAAAAAGCGGAGAAUCACACUGAUAGAGUGCAACAAUGAUGUAAAUUCUAUGAUUGAUAUAGCAAAGUGUGCGGAUCUGGUGCUGCUACUGUGUGACGCCAGCUUCGGCUUCGAAAUGGAGAUCUUUGAGUUCCUCAACAUCUGUCAAGUCCAUGGAAUGCCCAAGAUUAUGGGUGUCUUAACACAUUUGGAUAUGAUCAAGAAUGCAAAGACCUUAAAAACCACUAAGAAGACAUUAAAACAUAGAUUCUGGACUGAAGUGUACUCUGGAGCCAAGUUGUUCUACCUGUCUGGUAUAGUGCAUGGGGAGUACCUGAGGAAUGAGAUCAAGAACCUCUCGAGAUUCAUAUCUGUGAUGAAAUUCAGGCCCCUCAGCUGGAGAAUGACGCAUGCCUACAUGUUGGCAGACAGACUCGAGGACAUCACCAACCAGGAAGCCAUCCGGAAAGAUCCUAAAGUCAGCAGAGAUGUGGUCUUGUAUGGAUAUGUGCGGGGUGUUCCGCUACUCAAAGAUACUUCAGUGCAUAUUGCAGGUGUUGGUGACAUGAAGAUAAGUGAGGUGUCCUACCUGCCGGAUCCCUGUCCACUGCCCAGCAAAGACAAAAAACGCCAUCUCAUUGAGAGGGAAAGACAAAUCUAUGCACCUUUUGCUGGAGUAGGAGGUAUUGUUUAUGACAAAGAUGCUGUCUAUAUUGAACUGAAAGGCUCACAUUCUCACAACAAGGAAGAUGAAGAAACAACUGAGAAGAAAGCCCUGCUCAAAAAUGUUGUUGAAACAACAGAGACUGUUGAUGAACAGAUGAAGGAUUCAGGGUUUCAGCUGUUCAGUGGAGGACCAGUCAUCUACCCUGACAUGGUGCAAGAUGAUGAAUAUUUACAAGAAAAUAAGGAAGCAGCUAGUAGCUCUGAUGAUUCUGACUCAGAUGAUGAAGGCAAUGAAUCAGACAAUGACAGUGGCAUUGAUCAGAGUGAAAAAGAUGAAAAAUCUAAGGUCCCAUGGGAAAACAACUCAGGUUCUGAGGCUGAAGAAGGAGAAGGUGAUGGUUCAGAUGAUGAUGAUGAUGAUGAAGGUGAAGAUGACAAUCAAGAAGAUUUUGGUCUUAAGUGGAAAGAGAAAAUGAACGAAAAGGCCACAGAAGCAUACUUUGAACGACAGAAAACUUCAAAGAAUAUAAUGAAGUUAGUCUAUGGUGAGUUUGAAAUUGGAAAUAAAUCCAAAGCCUCCAAUAAAGAAGAGGAAUCUGAGGAAAGUGAUAGUGAGGAAAUUGGUGGACUGUUUAAAAAAGUUACAAGCUCUGAAAAAAAGAAGCAAAAGGAAAAAGAAAGACUUGAUUUAGAUGAAUGUUCAUUUUUCUAUUCUCUGGACAAACCUCAACUCAGAGAUUGGACCACUGAUAACAAUAGGCAGUAUUUGAUUAACAGUUUUGUAACCGGGAAAAGAUCAGCUGAUGAAGAUGCUAAUGAACUUCUAAAACUUGAUGAUGCAAGUGAAGGUGAUGAAGAUGACGAAUUAUAUGGAGACUUUGAAGAUCUUGAAACUGGUGAAAAACAUUCAGCACAAGAAAAGAAAGAAGAUGAUACUAAAGAGGAACCAGGCACCAAGCGUAAAGGAGAAAUGACUAAAGCUGAAAUAAUUAGUAAAAAGUUAAAGUUAAAAGCUAAAUUUGAUGCAGAAUAUGACAAUCCAGAUGAACACAGGAUUACUGGUGACCACUCAUAUUAUGAAAGCUUAAAAGCAGAAGCUCUGAAACAGUCUGAGCUGAACAAAUCUGUUUUUGAAAACUUAGAUGAUGGUCUAAGGAUUGAGGUGGAAGGGUUUAGGCCUGGCUUGUAUGUCAGACUGUUGUUCAAGAACAUGCCAUCAGAGUUUGUAACGAAUUUCGAUCCAAGCUAUCCUAUACUAAUUGGAGCACUCAACAUGGCAGAGCAAAACAUAGGAUUUGUUUCUUGCAAAGUUAAGAAGCACAGGUGGUACAAAAAGAUACUGAAGACCAAUGAUCCCCUUAUCAUUUCUAUGGGUUGGCGACGGUUCCAGACUUUACCCAUCUAUUCGAAAAUCGAGGAUGACUUCAAAUGUAGAUAUUUGAAAUACACCCCAGAACAUGUCACUUGUAACAUGCACUUCUAUGGACCCGUCACUCCACAGAACACUGGCUUCCUAGCUUUACAAACAGUCAACAACAACUCCAAUGAAAUAAGAGGCCUUGGAUUCAGAAUAGCAGCAACAGGAAGUGUCAAUGAAAUAAACAAGUCCACACAGAUAGUAAAGAAACUGAAACUUAUAGGUACUCCCUUGAAGAUAUACAAAAAGACCGCUUUCAUCAAGGACAUGUUCACCACAACCCUGGAGGUAGCAAAAUUUGAGGGCGCCAGAGUGAAGACAGUGUCAGGGAUCAGAGGACAAAUAAAGAAAGCUCUCAAUAAGCCAGAGGGAGCAUUCAGAGCAACAUUUGAAGACAAAAUCUUGAUGAGCGAUAUUAUAUUUUGCCGCACUUGGUUUAAAGUCGACGUGACGAAGUACUAUGCGCCGGUAGUGAACCUACUCUUAGAGCCUGGCGCCAAGAACGCCUGGCAAGGAAUGAAGACCAAGGGACAGCUGAAGCGAGAGAAAAACAUACAGAACCCGGCCAACACAGACUCAAUGUACACAGAGAUCCAGCGGCAGCCUAAAGUGUUUAAGCCGUUAGUCAUACCAAAAGCACUGCAGAAGGGCCUGCCAUACAGGUUCAAGCCAAAGGAAAAGAAGAGCACGCUUUCAGGGGUGAACCCUAAGGAUGCGUUCAGGAACAGAGUCGCGGUAAUAAAGAGUCCUCACGAACAGAAGGUGUCCAAUGUGAUGAAGAUGUUGAAGACAAACUUUGAGAAGAAGAAGGAGGUUCAGAAGGAGGCCACAGUAAAGAGGCUGGAGGUGCACCGCAAACAGCAGGAGCAAGAAGAGUGGCGCAAGUUGAAGCGACAGAAAGAGUUGAAGAAGAAAAUCUGUAGGCAAUUGAGUAAAAUGGGCAACAAAAAGAAGCCCCAAAUGUGAUUAAGUACAUUUGUAUAUGCUAUGAUAAGUGACUCUUAUUUAAUAAAUAAAUGUUAAAAUUAAC